AUGUUCUAUAUCGUGUUGGGAUUUGAUGGGCUAUUUUUUUACAUGGUGGGCCACAUUUUAUCAGAAAUGAAGUUGAUUAAGGUUGCUUUUGAAAACUCUAACAUUCAGCCGCAGUGGAACCACGAAAAAAGAUUUCGAAGGGCAACUGAACACCACAUAUUUGUGUUACAGUUGUGUGAAGUUAACGUUUUGAAUUCGUUGUCUAAUUAUCUUUAUUUCAGAGUAAUGCAAAGAUCUCAACGGGCCGCUUGUCUAACACUAGCGGGUUUCCGAAAUUUGGACUUGAACAGUUUCACAGUGGUGUGUAUUAAAAUGCCAUUUUUGCUUUUUUCAGGUAGUUAA